AACUCCAGAGCGGCGCUGCGCAGCAUAGGAGUCAUACCGAGCAUAGCCUGCGUGUCAGUGCAGUCGACUUACAGCUGGCUGUGAGGACAACUGACGCUACUCUUCUUUUGCUCUUUACCACCGCGAUACAUUUAGCCAUAUCUUGUUGUUAUUGUUUAAGUAUCCUGAACUCGGUGUCAAUCCACUUUCGGGUUUUCAUUUUUAUUAAAAGCUUCUUCUUUUUUUAGGAUACAAAAGUUGGAGGCUGGGCCUUUUUUUUUUUUUUUUUAGCUUGAGAAGAAGAAGAAACAAAAGCUGGUCUUUUUUUGGGGGGUAAAAACUCGAUAAAUGCUUCUCACGAAAAUGGACCUGUUGAACUACCAGUACCUGGACAAGAUGAACAACAACAUUGGCAUUCUCUGCUACGAAGGUGAAGCAGCAUUGAGGGGGGACCCCAGACUCCAGUCCCUGUCUCUGUCCUCUUCUUCCUCAUCCUCCUCCUCUUCGUCCUCAUCCUCCUCAUCCUCCUCUUCCAUCUCCAACCAUAGGACAGGUCCUCCUCCCAUCAGCCCCACCAAGAGGAAGCUCAGUGGGGACCAGGGGGACAGCGACAUGGAUGACAACGAGCAUGUGGCAAAGAUGAGCCGACUGUUUGCCACACAGCUGAAGCCUAAUGGAGACUACCGUGGCUCUCCCAUCUCUAAGGACCGGAGCCGGAGUCCAAUCGAGCGUGUGGUGGUGCCGAGCAGUCUGGGAGUCCAUAGCAACCACCUGUACAGCCACGCCCACCACCACCACCAUCUCCACCUUGCCAGCUUAGCUGGCAUGGACCAGCCACUGGCGCUCACCAAAAACAGCAUGGUGGAAUCUGCACGCAGCAGCACGGCAGCUAUGGCCACAGUGCCACAUACAGUCAGCGCCGUGGAACGCCAGCAGAAUCGUCCUUCAGUGAUCACUUGCGCCCCGGCCAACAACCGCAACUGCAACCUGUCUCACUGUCCAGUCUCCCACAAUGGCUGUGCAAGCCUCGCUAACAACUACAGGAGAAUCAACACCAACACGGCCUGUGACCCAGUGAUUGAGGAGCAUUUCCGCCGCAGUCUUGGGAAGAACUACAAGGAGCCCGAGCCCACCGCGACCAACUCCGUGUCCAUCACUGGCUCGGUGGACGACCACUUCGCCAAGGCCCUGGGCGAGACCUGGCUGCAGAUUAAAAACAAGGGGAGUCCCUCGUCGUCGGGCAGCAGCCCAAACUCCUCCCCUAACAGUCACAUGGUCAAUCACAACCACUCCCCUUCUGUGGUCUCCUGAAGGAAGAAGGGUUGAAGGGGGAAUUGCCCCUCUUUCCAUAGCCCUCCCAAUCAUCCCGGCUCUCACACCCACGCCCUUGUCACUUUGGUCUAUCACCAGCAUCCCAGAGGGAAUGCCUGCAUGCUGGUCUGCUAAAAACAUGUAAAACCCUCAAGCCUGUUCUCUCUCUCUCUCUCUCUCUCUCCCUGCACUCAUUGAGGAUCAAUGAACAACAUGGUCGUUUCCCCCCGUCUGUCCUCUGGUAUGGUAAUGGCAGACAAUAAUCAGUCAUGAGCGAUGAGGGUUCGACUUUUGAGACACGACUGGAGCAUCAAGCUGCUCCUUCCAAUAAUUCAUCACCCCUGCAUGCAAAGCUUGGAGCUGAGCAACGUGUCUAUAGUUAUGUGUACAUAAAGAGAGAGGGGAAAGGUGCUAUUUUAAUUAUUAUUUUUCUUUUUUGUUUGUUUCUUUAACGGUAGUUUUGUGUACUGCUUUUGCGUUAUGAGAUGCCCAAUAUUUGAAAGAAAAGAUAACACUUAUAAUCACAAACCACCUGACUGUGCCACCAAAGAAACCUCAGACACAGAUGUUUAUCAACGGCCACCUGGAAAACAAAAACAACGAAAAAUAACAUCUUGCAAUUUUUCAUCUCCUUUCAUUCUCUCACCUUCCUUCCUUCUCUCUCAUGUAUAUGUUCUGGUGGUUGUGUUACUGUAUGUGUAUACCUAGGUGAUCGGCGUGGUGUGAUUUGCACUGCUGUCGUAGAGGUUAAAAGGUGGCAUGUCAAUAUUGUAAUCUGGCACUGCACACACUGGAGUUGAUACAGCUGAUUUUAACACAGUCUGGUAUAAUCCAGCUUGUGUUGGAACUUCUAAUUGAUCCCAUUAACUGCUCUGUAAAUUCCACACUGGCCCUGUCAGAAAAGUACAAGCCACAUUACCAGGCAUUUUGGAAACAUAGAACAUCCUGAUUUGGAUGCCAUUUAUUCCAGUACACAGUGGAUUUGAUCACAUCACUGCAUGUUGUGCAGCUGUGAACCACAAACAGAGUUGGCGAAAAUCGUCUGUGUGCUCUGCCACCAUUGGCCUGCACACUGUUGGGUCUAAACUACUUAAAUAGUGCCAAAAUGUUGCAUUUAAUUUGACGAGCACAGUCAGGUGAUCAAAUCAGCCAACUGUGGCGUCAAUAGACAUCAGAGCCAUUAUGAGAAGAGAUCCGAUGAAAACGCAGCUGCACGACCUGCAGUGUGUUGCUGAACAAUGCGCUUUGAUGUCUUUCACAGGAUUAACUGCUAACAGUGAUGAGAAGAGAGAUGAUGCUGCAUGUCACUUUGGGGUUGGGGGGGGGGAAAGACUUCUUAUGUCUCUUUGAACACGGGUGUUGUAAUUAUAUUUGGCUUACACCCUGCUACCCCUCCCUCUCCUACACACUGUGGUUUAGUAGAUUUCUAAAAGGUGGAAGGUAAACUAAUGCUUUUACAGAUGCAUGUUUUUUUGUGUGUGUUUUUUUUCUUCUUUUUCCUUUUUAAUAGCUGGUAUCUAUUAAUGCUUUUUAAGCAGCAUUUCAAUCUUAACUACUAUAAGCCUUUUCCAUUUGGACGUUAGUUGUUACUUUUUUCGUUGUCAGUAACAGACAUAGACACUAUACACUCACUGCUGGGUCAGUUGUACUCCAUAUUAUUAUUAUUGUUAUUAUUACAACUUUGUAUUUUUGUUUUCCAUUAAUAUCAGUAUGGUAACAAACAUCUAUAGUGGGACAGCCUCCGGACAGGCUCUGUUUAAAACAAUGAGAGCUGCGUUUGUGACGGAACCGAUGAGCUCGCUCCCGCAGCUUGAGCAUCCCGUCGGCUCCGGGACACGCAGCCCAUAAAGGUUUUCUUAAGAUGUUGAUCCAUCGGUGGUACAGGAUGCUACGACCUUCAGCAUGACCGAGCUGAGACGUCAACCUGGCAAAUAUUAUUCGACAGGCCCUUGUUCUCCUUAAAAGCAUCCCAAGUGGUCUUUGUUCUUAUGAGUCUAAGCUAAAAUAACCAUGUUGGUACCAGCUGUGACCUCCAUGCUUGCUGCAGUCCAAGACGUAUGCCAUGAUGCUUUUGAGAAACAUGGCGGCUCUCGCUCGUACUUGUUGAUGUUUCAGAGAUGAUGGCGAACAAAACACGUGCUGAUAAUUAAGGGUCAUCUGAAUUUAUGGUGUGAUGUCACAGCUCUCUCAACCUUCAUCAGUCGACUUGUUGUGUCCUGACUUUCUGUCCACAUAUUUUCUUUUCUGAACAACAUUGUAUUGUUGCUGCAGUUAAGCUUGACUGCUACAGUCUGAGACAAUUGAUCUUACUGGUGGCAUACAUUCCUCCUCUAGGGAACUUUGUACAGGCCUCACACACGCUCAGUAUCUCCAUAGUUCUUUUGCUUUUCUUUGCUUCAAGCAAAUUGGCCAUACAUUCAUACCAUAUGAUUAAGGAAAAAAAACUUCUAUGCUAUACAUACUUUACAUUUUUGAGGACAUUGGGAUCAUAGCAUUCAGAGAACUGGGGCUGUGUCAUUCUGUAUCAAAAGUACAAAAUCAUUUAAUGUCUGAGGUGAGUUUGAAUGGUGUAAAGGUUCAUAUUUUGUUUGUGAUGGAUGUACUCAUCAUACCUGAUGAAAAUGACCUAAACCGGAGUUCUUUAAAUGGAAUGCAGUGUCAAUGUUCUAGAAUGUCCCACACAUUCCAUCCUCAACUGAACAGAUGUGACAGAACCAGAACUGACUGUGAAAGUUCUAGACUUUUCCGAUACACAAAUGUUUUCAAUCAACUGCCAGUGAAUUAAUUCACAGGACGAAUAAGUACUCUCGGUUUAAAUGCGUUCCCGUAAAAAGGUUCAGAGUGGUUUGAAUAGUGACUUUCGGCUGGCAGGUGAGGGGGGAGCUGAGCUUCAGGAGCUGAGCUUCUGGAAGCUCGACCUAAGUUGGGAGACUAUUGGCAGUGCCCCCACCCUCUCAGAUUCAGUUGAGUUGAUUAAGUGUGAUGUAAUAAGCAACAUGCUAGAAAACACGAGGGAAAAGGGCUCAGUGUCCAGAGGAUUUUGUUAUUCUAUUAGUAUUCUUUCUCAUUAUCAUUUCACUACCACCCUGUAGGUAGGCGGCUCUCUUUCUGCUUCGGCAAACACUCCCUACACCCUGUAGGGAAAUCACUUAAAAAAUUUUUUAUAAUAAGUAACUAUAAGACCAUCAUUACGCUGUGCGUAACGAAUGUACAGAGAAAAAAAUCGUAGGUAUUUUUUGAGGAACAAUUAAUUUGUUAAUGAUAUGUAGCUAUUUAAUUGUUGUUUUCCCCUGUCCUUAUAUUGUAAUCAUUGCAUUUUCUUUUCUUUUUUUUUGGUGAAAAAAGUUGAUCUUUUUUGUUUUUAGAGUUUGUCUUUGUCAGAGUAAAGGUUCAAGUGCAGGAACACAGUACACGUAUGAAACCACAAUAAGCCACUGGUGUGUUGGUGACAAUCGCUACUUCCAUUGGUCCCCAGUGUUCUGCAAUCAUGUAACUCGUCUUCGAUCUCUGAGGUUGUCCUUUCAGAGACCUCUUGAGCAAGUAGCACGUUUUGCAUUACUGGAACAGAAUCAUUGUGCCACUUGCCCAGUGAGUCCUGCCAGUCAUUUACAUUUAACUAUUAAAAAUAGAAUAACAAUCAACAUUAGUCAUGGGCUAGCAGGCAGGUCAACUUUCCACCACAGCUUGUAUCGGAAUUCUUGGUUUUGAAGGUCUUUUGAUGACUGUUCUUGGUCUCUAGGUGGGAACUGAAUUAUUAGUAAAACCAUCAUUUGAAAACAGCACUCAAACAGCUGAACGGGUAAAAACCUGGCAGCAUUUUUUUUUGUAAAAAUGUUUGUGCCGAAGUUUAUCUGCUUCAUCUCCGUUAUCAGUCAGUGAGGCUGAGAUUUCAGCAGUAAAUGAGCUUCGUGUCUUCACCCCUGUAUCUGAUGUAGAUUUUCCUAUCUGUAAUCAAGUUAAUAACAUAAAACUUGCGCAGAUAAAUCAAAGAGGAGUUGGUCUUUACUCUGUCUCAUUUUCCAGGUCCUUUUUGAAGUGGAAGUAGCAUGUACUUAGUGGUAGUAAUACUCUGAACUGUUAAAAAAAAGUUGUAUCAAAACAGUCAAUUUGUGGCUCUGUGUCUCCUCCUAAUAAAAAGGUUUUGGCAGGCCACCUUUUUUGUACGUAAAGUAGCCUUGAUGAACAAUAAAGUGCUUUUAAACCACUG